AUGGUAUUUCUCGUUCAGGCUCAGAUCUUCCUCGCUCGAGUCAUCGAUUACUUCCAACCUCUCGGUAUCUGUGCAGUAACUCUCCGACCACCGACACUCUCAUUGGUGUUCUAUGGUCCUUUCGUCUUCGAGACGAUGAUGCUUGGACUCACUGUAUACCACGCGUUCAAAAAGUAUCGUUCUCAGAGAGAAAUUACCCGGCUUCCCCUACUGCGAGUGCUAUAUCGCGACGGAGUUCUAUUUUCAAGUAUAAUGGUCGGCAUUCGACUUUGGAAUGUUAUCAUUUGGCAAUGGCAACCAAUCACCCGAACCUACCUCGGAAUUUACUUGAUGUGGGCCGUCAGCACGGUCCUGUCAAACAGGAUAUAUCUGAAUAUGGUCCAACUCGCUCAAUUGAACGCACCAAAUGCCAACUUUUAUGAACACCCGGAUGGUCGUAGCACGCACAGCUAUGCUUCGACCUCUGAAUGUGACGGAUUGCCUAACCUUCGUCGAGGCUCGAUUACUCUAUCAAAUCUGCCUCGUCAGGGUGGUUGUGGUGUCAUGCACACCCUUGAAACCAUGGAGACUAUGUCGGGUCGAGAUGGACCGUACAGGGUUGUUGGGGGUAGACGCUUCCCUUGCGUUAUUGGAACCGACUUGCAAGCAACCGAUGACAGCAAGAAAUUCAGCUCUGACAAAUACCGAAUAGAGGGGAGUCCCAAAAAUGGUACAAAUAAACAAUGA